AUGAAUCAAGUUCGAUGGCUGUAUUCUUCGGGAAAAGACUGGAAUUGUUUCGAUAUAAAAACACAGCAAUUGAUUGAAAAACUUUGGUGUACAAAUCAAGCAAGUUGGAUAGACAGUGAGGCAUUUCAAGAGCCUAUUUAUGUAGACACUGCACUAAUGACAUUAAUGUGUGGUGGUUAUUCGUACACAAUUGCUAGACUUAGACACUAA